CAGGGGCUGGUGAGGACGGAUGCUCGAGCCACCGCGUCCACUGGCUCCGCUUGAAGGAUCCAUAAGCUUCAUGCAGACGGACAUGCCCCUCCUUUGUUGCUUGCCCUGCAGGGUCCGGGGAGAGGGUAUAAAGUAUCCCCUGACCACCCCCUCGGUCCCUGAAUCAGGGGAGAACAAAACUUCAGACUUUCACACGAUCCGACAUGUUAAUACGAGAAUAAACACAAGACCCGAUUUCUAGAGACCGUGAUUGAUACAGCCUGGUGCUGCCUGUCCUUUGCACUAGUCUUUGUUUAUACCAUUCAAUCAGACCAUUCGAUCCUUCAACACCGAACUUAUUCUCUCCCACAACCUCAAAUCUACACUCUACAACAAAUCCUCAAUUCCAUCCACAUAAACCCACCAACAACCGCAAGAUAACCACCAUGGAAGCCCCCCAUUUCUUCCGCCAUGCCUCCCGCCUCACCUCUCCCUCUACCACCACAGUCAACACCCGCAUCCCCCCCAUCGCCCGCCGCACCACCACAACCACCAGCACAUCCUCCUCCGGUGCCUCCACGAUAAUCCCCACGCACAUCGUCCUCCUCUCGCGCAACAAGCUCCAGCGCGAGACCGCGACCAGAAGCCCCGACCUCCGCCGCUGCCUCGCGCACCAGCGCCUCCUGCACCGCUCCAUCGAAGCGGCCCAACAGGCCGUCCGCGCCCAGAUGGCCGCCUUCUCCCUCGAAGACGAGGACGUCAUCGACGAGGAGGAGGAGUUUGAGGAUCCCCGCUCAUACACAAGCUCGCCCGUCGAGACGGCCCCCCCCGUCACUGUGAUCCGCGAACAGAUCACCGGUGCCGUUCGGGCGAUGGUCCGGCGGCGCUCUGCCUCUGCCUCCGCCUCUACAUUUACAUCUACAUCUACAUCUACCAUCAUCCGCCAGGGCGUGAAUCCCGUCAGCGACCGCGACGAGGGCCCCAGACAAGCAUCCGUUGCCGUGGUUGUUGGGAGCACGUCGAUGAUGCGCAAGACCAAGCGAUACACGUCGCGGAUUGUGUUUGGGCGGCGGCGGUGGCCGCUGUACGGGCAUGCGCAUGCGCAGCAGCCCGCGCUGGUUAGCUGA